UGCAGGUGGAUGUGAUGUGCUGUAAAUCAGUAGGAACUGAUCUGUCUAUGCUGGAUAUUGAUGAUUUGAUGACAGAAAUCUGUCAGCUGAAGAAAGAGGUGAAGUUACUGGAGACAAAACUCAGAGAGAGAGACCAACUCAACAGAAAGGAUGUAUGUGGUGUUUCUCUCUGUGAUCAAACAUCUCCAGAUCUUCUGCUUUCUGUCUGUAAUGAAGAGCAGAAGACAUCAGUGAAGCUGCUGGACAGCGAGAUCCCAAAAACACAAAUCACAGAAGCAGAAGUACAGACAGAAAAAGGCAUUUUGUUUUAUUCAGACUUGAUGGAGGUGAAAACAGAAAUCACAGAAUCGGUGCAACAAACAGAAAAGACUGAUUUGAUUUAUUCAGACCUGAUGGAGGUGAAGGAGGAAAGUUCAGAACCGAAUGAAAUUGAGGAGGAAAAUAAUUUCACGACUAGAGAAGACUCUCCGAGUUGCUUGAGGACAGAAGAGAGUUUCCCACAAAAAACUUCUCAUACCUGCCCUCAGUGUGGAAAGAUCUUCACAUAUAAAUCCAAACUUAAUAGGCACAUGAGAAUUCACACUAAAGAACGCCGUUACAGAUGUGACCAGUGUGGAAAUUUCUUUAAAUUUAAAUACAAACUUAUUUUGCACAUGAGAAUUCACACGGGAGAACGGCCGUACAGAUGUGGCCAGUGUGGAUCCACCUUCAUUCGUGAAUACAACCUUAACAGGCACAUGAAAAUUCACACUGGAGAGAAAUCUUAUAAAUGUGAUCAGUGUGAAAGGACUUUUAUUCGUAAAGACCACCUUAAAGAGCACAUGAGAGUUCACACUGGAAAGAAACCUUACAGAUGUCAUCAGUGUGGAAAGAGCUUCAGUCUGAAGGCUAAUCUUAAAUCUCACAUGAGAGUUCACACCGGAGAAAAGCCGUACGGAUGUGAUCAGUGUGGAAAGAGUUUUGCAUCGGCAGCGACUCUGAGAGAUCAUCUUCUCUAUCAUUCUGGAGUGAGAUCAUUUCAGUGUGAACAGUGCAGUAAAACAUUCUUUUCUGCAAUUGACCUGAAGAAGCACAUGAAGACUCAUACAGGCGUGAAGCCUCAUGUCUGUUCCAUCUGUGGAAAGACCUUCUCAAAACUCUCCAACCUUAAAAAUCACAAGAAGAAAACACACACAGGCGUGGGAUCUCAUAUGUGCUCUGAACAGAAAUCUCACCCAUGCUCCUCAUGUGGACAGAGUUUUCAGAAAUCAAGACGUCUUGAGAUUCACAUGAAGAAGUGUUGCAAAGUUCAUCGACAUGAAACUGUUCAGACCAGAAGAUCCCUGAGAUCAUCAGUAACUUGUUCAAAUUACAAGUGAAGUUUGUCUUGUUGGACAAGUAAAACAUUCAGAGAACAUACAUGUAAUAACUCAGCAAAAAAAAAGCUUUUGUAGGUAUGUUAAUUCCGUAAUGUUUAUGUUUUAUUAUUAUUAUAUUAAUGUUGGACAACCUGAGGCCAAUGAAUAAGAGGUUUGUGUAGCUUUGGGAUCUUGUAAAGUUAAAGUUUCUACUUACUGAUGAUCAAAGUGUUUUGAGCGUUCCGAGUCGGUCAAACAAGGCCGCUGCUUGCAUCUGACACAGAUAUUUUGUUUUCCAUAAUUUAACACAAUGAACCGAUUUAACAUUUUGCGUUUCCACAGUUUCUUAACUUGAAGUCUUUUAAGACUUUAAAUCUGGAUCUGUCAGAACUGGUGUGUUAUGUGAUUCUCAUUGCUUGAAUGUGCCGCUUACAAUUGUCAUCAUUGACGUGACCAAAAUAAAACAUUAAAAGUUGUCAACCAUUAUGGUAAACGACUGUUGUUAAGUGACAUUUCGCUCCAGUCCAGCACUCGAAGAGAGUUUCAACAUGAAGUUUACAGUUUCAGCAACGGUAAGUGUUGUGUUUUUUAUCGUUUAGGGGAUUCAUGUAUUUUCUAUUUUUGUCUUUCUGCAGUAAGAGAAGCUUGUUUCUCUUGAAACUCGAGGUUCUGCCCCCCUUCAUUGAACUCUUUUUGCUACCUCCAUUUGCUAAAAACAGCUCUGACUCUUCUCGUAUGAUGUCUGAUGAGGUUGAAGAACACGACAAGUAAUCUUGGACUAUUCCUCCAUACAGAAUUCCUUCAGAUGCUUCGAAUGUUGGUGCUCCCUCUUCAGUUCAUCCCACUCAUUUUCGAUAGGGUUCAGAUCAGGGA